CAAACCGCAAUCAUGUUUGCCUCCCUCUGGAUCUCCGUGCUUCUCGCGGUGCUCUGCCACCCCCUUCUCGCAUCCGCCGGCACGUACAGCCAGGUGACCAACUUUGGCGCCAACAGCUCUGGCGCAAAGAUGUACCUGUAUGUGCCCACCAGCCUGAAGAGCAACCCGGCCAUCCUCGUCGCGGUCCACCACUGCCAGGGCACCGCCCAGUCCUACUACGGGAGCACGCCCUACGCCAAGCUGGCCGACCAGUACGGUUUCCUCGUCAUUUACCCCGAGUCUCCGUACAGCGGCACUUGCUGGGACGUCUCCUCGACAGCCACGCUCACGCACGAGGGCGGCGCCAACAGCAACUCGAUCGCCAACAUGGUCCGCUACACGCUCACCACGUACAAGGCCGACGCCUCGCGCGUCUUCGUCCAGGGCGGCUCCAGCGGCGCCAUGAUGGCCAACGUCCUGGCCGCCACGUACCCCGACAUGUUUGCCGCCGUCAUCGUCUACAGCGGCGUGCCUGCAGGCUGCUUCUACACGGGCACCGUCAACGGCUGGAACAGCGACUGCGCGCAGGGCAAGGUCAGCAAGUCGGCGCAGGACUGGGCCACGCAGGUGCGCAACAUGUACAAGGGCUACACGGGCAAGUACCCGCGCAUACAAAUCUACCACGGCGCCACCGACACCACCCUCCGGCCCAACAACUACAACGAGACCAUCAAGGAGUGGUCCGGCAUCUUCGGCUACUCCAGCCCCAUGCAGGUCUUGCCCAGCACCCCGCGCAGCGGCUUCACCAAGUAUGUGUACGGGCCGAAUCUCCAGGGCAUCUGGGCCUCCAACUACGGCCACAACGUGCCCAUCUUUGGCGAUGACGACAUGAAGUGGUACGGCAUCGUGGGCGGGAGCACUACCACGACGGCAGGUCCAAGCAGCACCACCACCACCACCGCGGGCACGACGGCGACCUCGCCUCCGGGCUCUGGACAGGUCCAAUGGGGCCAAUGCGGCGGCAUCGGCUGGACUGGGCCGACGACUUGUGUCUCGCCGUACAAGUGCACGUACUCGAACGACUGGUACUCUCAGUGUAUCUAGGCUUAGCUAAGGUAGGAGGAGUGGGAGAGCUAUAUAAAAGACCCCGGUCGAGAGUCCUAGUCCGCGUGCGCGGGACGGGCAGAGUUACUACCGUCCCAAGACGCUUGUGGCGCGAGAUUAUGCGGGCCAGAUCUUAGCGUGGCAGAUGAGCUGCAUCUGUGGGGAGUGCGCAUCGGUACAGCUGCUUCCGGUGGAUAAGAUACAUGAUCCCAACACUAGCGGAUUCGAGUUGAUAAGGUGCUCUCCAUACUAAGGUGUGCGUCUACGGAGUUCGCUAUCCUCAUGGCCACUGAUAUCUAUCUGAGCCGCCUUGUGCCAUUA